AUGGAAAAUGAUUGGGUUUAUUGUUUAAUAAAUAAAUAAAAAUGGUUAAAUUAUUAUUAAAUUUUAACGAGAAUCAUAGAUGGUUCGAUCUUAGUGCACCACGACUAUGAAAUUUACGAAAAAGAUGGGCAAGGGGAACUCCUUUUAUGUAAUUAAGUAAUCUUAGACUAUUAUCAGUCAAUAGCAUGAACAUAUUAGAAUCAGACCAGAUAGAUCACAUAUAUCUAAUAUUGA